AAAUAGAAUAGAGUUUUUUCAACUCCAGACUUGAUUUUUCUUAUUUUUUUAUCAAGCUUUUCAUAAUUUGGGUUUGUGCUGAUCAGAUUGGAAACCGAGAUUUAACUCGUGUUUCACAUCCUGUCCAGAUUUAGACCACGUGAAGGGUCACUAGUUUGGAUAAAAACCGGUUUUUGCAAUAAAUAUUUUGCAAUUUGUGGUAACAUUGGCUAUGAUUGCGAAAAUAAGUAAGUAAAUACACCAACAACCAAGUUCUCCAUGUUCAAAGUUUUAUUAGCCUCGUACUACAAGAGUUUUUUACUCGUCAUAAACUUCUCUUUACUUGCGUGUAAGUUCAAGCCAAGUUUACACCUAAAUUGUGAUAAGUUAUUUAGUUAAUUCAGUGUCAUCAUCUUUACAAUUUCUGGAUAAAAUCAUCACCUCACUUAAGUAAAUAACUUCCGCUAUAAGAAACAUCAAGAUGACACUGGGUCCUAAUCAUCCUUAAAUUACCGCCGACCACAGGCCAUGAUUUUACCAGAAAUCUCGAUUCAAUGCCCUCCCCCAAACCGAAAUCCCUUUAUAGUUUUUACUAAUUCGCAACAAUUUGCACCGUCGUGUUAUAAUUUCGCGAAAAACAAAAGUGACAUUCAACCCAGUCAUUGGUGCACGACGGACACGCCACGCCAAGUGAGAUGGAUGAGGACAUCAACAAUAUCAACAUUCCGUCAAGAUCAAGAGACCACAAGGGCAUAAAUACAGUUUGUGAUCCAAGAAUUUUGACUUACCAAUGUGUCUCAUACUACAGUUAUGAUAAAGAUAAGAUGGCUUAUCGAUCAUGCUGUAUGCACGGCCCCCAAACCUGACGCUAACUUCUUACUAAUCAAGACUUUUUAUUAACACAAUUGUCACAAUUUUACCAUCUUACCGUCCUUUAUCUAAAUACACUGUUUGUCUGGCGGAUGCGGUAUACGUACAAGGCGCGUCUAAUUCUAUACAUGUGUUGACACUUGGUGACCAUUUCGUUUCAUUCAUUGUUGUUCAAGUUCAGAUAAUAUUAGACAUUUUUUUCUACUCAGUGAUAAGAUACCACGGAUAAACGACCCUUCGGUGGAUACGACCAAUUAACGACGAAACUUUAUUAUUACUGCGCUAAAAGAAUGAUUACGCGUGUCUUUAUGUAAAUUACAUAAUGUAAUGCAUAUUCAUAGCGCAUAUGUAUUUAGGUAUGUACAUAUGCAUUAUGAUACCCGUCGUGUUGUUUUGUUAUUAAGUAGCUAUUAAAUUAAUCUAGUAAAAGUUGCGAAUCUGCAUAUCACACAUAUGUACGUAAGUACCUGUCACGAUUUUUACGUAAUUAUGCAGUUUAAGAAGCAUUUACUACUGCUGGACUAUUAUUUAGUGCAGAAGAGAGAGUGGUGAGACUCGCUGGACCAGUUUGUAUUAAAUAUUUAUAUGAAAAUAUUUAGGUUAGCCGGUUCCCCUUGUAACUACAUAAUUUGUGCAUCUUGAUGUUAUGAUCAACAAUUUGGGACAACAAGUUUUUCAGCAAAAUCUGUACCUAAGAUCGAGAGUUGUCCAGUUGAGUGGGGUAGUCCAGUCGGUGUAUCUUAAUUGUUGGCAGUGGUCACGUCGCCUUUUGUUACUCGCGUCGGAACAUAUUUCAUAACAGGAUCUCCUGGUUUUUUUGUGCAUAAAUAAAUUGAUCUCGGACAGACCGGUUUUUGGGGAAGAUGAGAAUUCCCCGUCAAAUCAUGACGACGGCGUCCUGGCCGGUCGCCUCGGUGGGUGUGCCGCUCCUCAUCACGGCCGUCUGGGUGCCUAUUCUUCUCUCCGUGAUGAGCACGGUUCCCACACAGUUGAGACUGUGGCGAAGAGCAGAUCAACUCCUGGACAGAAUGGUGCUCAAGGACGGGGAGAGUUUCGACUUCAUAGUGGUUGGGGCUGGUCUAGCGGGAGGCGUGGUGGCGAAUCGUCUUACCCGGUCGGGUGCGAAAGUCCUGCUUCUCGAGGCGGGCGGAGAGCCACACCCCUUCCAAAUCGUGCCCGGUUUACUCAUGGGGAUGAUAAACUACCCCGAGACGGACUGGAUGUUCAGGUCGGUGCCACAAACGAAAGCGUCGCUUAACUCGAUACGUGCCGAGAGCAGUUGGAGCGUGGGAAAAGGGCUAGGUGGUACCGGGACCCUGAACAUCAUGAUCUAUCUCCGGGGUCAUCGGAAAGAUUUCGACAACUGGGCGAGUCUUGUGAACGACUCGUCUUGGAGUUUUGAAGGGCUUAUGCCAAACUUUAAAAGUAUUGAAGAGUACUCCGGAAAAAUGGUAAAAGUUGAUGAACGCUACCACGGCCGCCGGGGCGACAUGCUUAUCGACGAGCCAGACUAUCUCGGAAUUUCGGACGAAUUCAUCGCCGCCGCCGGUGAAUUUGGAUAUCCUAAGGUCGACAUGAAUUCACCCUAUGGCGCCGCUGGCUUCGAUCGGAUCAAAUACCCGAUCCGAGAAGGGAGAAGGAUCGCAUCUUACUCUGCUUUUAUCCAACCCGUUCGACACAUGGAGACGUUAACUGUGCUUAAAUAUGCAAACGUUAACAAGGUCCUUAUCGACUCGAAUGGAAACGUGUAUGGCGUCGAAUACGAGAAAUUCGGCGAAAUCAAAACCGCUCUGGCGACGAAGGAGGUCAUUCUAUCGGCAGGGACGGUAAACUCGGCCAAAAUAUUGAUGUUAUCGGGUAUCGGGCCAAAGGAGGAGUUAAGCCGUCACGGGAUCCCCCUAAAACAAGACCUCCCCGUCGGCCACAAUCUACAAGACCACCUCGGCGUCUACCUUGGCCCUUUCUACGUCUCCCCACCAGCUCAAACCCUCCGCAUGGAGCGUGACCUUUCCCCCUCCUCAUUCUCAUCCUGGCUCACAUCCGGCACUGGACCUCUCUCCUCGUCCGGUGUGCAAGCCUCGGGAACUUUCACUUCGUCCAUCGCCGCCAGCCGAGGUCAACCCGCCUGGCCGGACGUGCACCUCUUCCUCUUCGGCUACUCGUCGACAUCCUCCGUCGCCAACCUUGUCGCCCACGCCUUCAACCUGGAGCCCGUCGAGAUGCAGGAGUACUACAAACAGGGCGAUGUCGACGGGCGUGACUCGUUUUACCUCAUUGUCACGGGUGCGCGACCCUUGUCCCGUGGGUGGGUCAGGUUGAAGUCCUCCAUCCCUGGGGAUCCACCCCUCAUCCAACCCAACUAUUUGGGCGACGGGGGAAACCAAACUGAUCUCGCCGUGUUGCUCGAAGCGGUGAAGAGGUCGGUCGAAAUGGUGGAAGAUUCGACCUCGAUGGGUAAAAAUUUGGGCGCCGUCUUCACAAAUGAUAAACUUCCAGGGUGUGAACUGUUCGAGAUGCGGAGUGACGAAUAUUGGAAGUGUUACAUUAGUCGGUACAGCGUUUCUCUCCAUCAUCCCGUCGGCACUGCUCGCAUGGGUCGGGCGGACGACCCGCUUGCCGUGGUUGAUACCAGACUCAGAGUUCGUGGGAUUAAAGGACUCCGCGUUGUCGACUCUUCUAUUCAGCCAGUUAUCAUCGUCACAAAUUUGGGAGCGUCCGCCAUGAUGAUUGGCGACAAGGGGGCGGAAAUGAUUUUACAGGAUUGGGCGCAGGUUAAGGUCAAGGAAGCGAAAAACCGACAGGAAGAAAGACUUGACGCUGGAAAAAGCAAUGGCAUUUCGGAGAACGAAGAAGACCUCGAUUUUAACAGGUUGAAACGCAAACGAAGACUUGAUUAGUUGAAAAAUGUAAAUUUUAAGAGUGGUCCUAUUAGAUUAGUGCUUAUUUUGUGAUAUGUACAGGUUACGAAGUAGUAUUAUUAAUAUUAGUUAUAUAAUGUGCAGCCUAUUUAUUUCCAAAAUAUACAAAUCGAUUGCAAUUACUAUGUAUGUCCCAUUUAUUAAUCAAUAUUUCGUGACGUUACAUCAAUUAAUAAACUAAUGCAAUUAAAUAUAGUA